GUGUGCGGGGACCCUCGAGCGCCCACCACGACCUCAGCAGCAGAGUCGAUCCGAGACCCCGGCACCCUUGGUGGAUCUUUAAAUAGAACAAAUAUUUAUCAUCCAACAAAGGGCUUUCACAAAGAAACUGACAGAAAUUACAGUAAACAAAUUAGUCAUUUGUAUAUUGGAGAAACCACCUGAGACAACACUUCAGAGCAAGAUCAAAGGAGUGGAUACAUCCGGAGGAAAUUUUACCUUGUAAAUUUUUGCCUACAUGUUCUUCAUAAGAGAGAAUUCUGAGAGAAUUUUUCUAGAGAAUGAAAGAAUGUAAAGUGAAAAUGGAAAGCAUAGUGUCUGAAAUUCAAGUGGAAAGCAAGGAUGAGAAGAAAGCCACAGAAGUUAGUCCUCAGGAAGAGAGGCAGGAGGAAAAGGCCUCGAAGCUUUGCUUCAAGAGAAGAAAGAAAGCAGCCAAAGCAACGAAGCUUAAAGCCAGCCCUGAGUCUGCUGGUAUGGUGAGGAAGCAUCCCCCUAAAACAGGAGCUUCUGACCAGUCACGGCCCACUGGGGGGGCCUGGGCCUCAAUCAAACGCCUGGUGACACGCAGGAAAAGGUCCAGUUCUUCAAAGCAGAAGUCCUUAGAGGUUAAAGAGCCGGAAAUCAAUGCUGAGGAUGCCAACCUACGGAAGAAAAAGGCAAAAUCCAGACUCCGGCUUCCCUGCGUAAGAUUCUCAAAGCGAGGGAAAAGAAGUGAACAUUCCAAAAUUAUAGAAGACUCAGACUGCAGCAUCAAAGUCCAGGGAGAAGCUGAAAGUUUGAGCAUAAAAACUCCAACCGAGUCAGAAGAGAUCAAGCCAGCGAUCAAGCCAGUUCCACAGGUAAAGAAAGACAUCUCACAGAAAGAGGACAAAGAGGGCUGGGAACCCGGUGUGAGCAACAACCUGACUUCUGCAGAGAAAGUGAUUUCUGUAGAACUAGGAUCAGACACAGGCCAAACUGCUAUUCAGACGGGAGCUGUCGUCCUUGAAACAGCUGAAGAAAAACAAACUGUUCCACCCCAGCCUGAGAGUCCACUUGAAACUUCAGAAAGAAAACUGCCACCUGCUGUUCCUGAUGUUCCCCCGCCCAUGAUCCAAGAUCAGCAAAUUUUAGAGGAAGCCAGAAGCAGUAGUCCAGAAAGUGAACCAAACUGGGAAGACCAGGAAAGUACAGACAAUGUAGCUAAAGAGAGUCAGCCAGAAGUUUCUGAAUUGAGUCAGGAAUCAGAUUUUAAAGAGAACGAGCUUGAUGUAGAGAAAACCAAACCAGACGAAAGCAGAAGAAUGGAGCCAAUUGCCAUUAUUAUUACAGACACUGAAAUCAGUGAAUUUGAUGUUAAGAAAUCUAAAAAUGUCCCUAAGCAAUUCUUAAUUUCAACAGAAAAUGAGCAAGUCGGAGUUUUUGCUAAUGAUAGUGGUUUAGAGGGUCGAACUUCAGAACAGUAUGAAACACUUUUAAUAGAAACAGCUUCUUCGCUUGUGAAGAAUGCCAUCCAGUUGUCUAUAGAACAGCUGGUCAAUGAAAUGGUUUCUGAUGAUAAUAAAAUGAACAAUAUUCUGCAGUGACUUCAUUUCCAAAAUCACAGAAAAAAACUUAAUGAUGUAUUAUUUUACUUGUGGCAUUUCUUAUUCUGUAACAAAUGAGAGAUUUAUUAUUGGUGGAAUUUAUUCUAGUCCAGAGUGCAAAAGAAUUCAUCAAGUUAAUAAACCCCUCCCUACAACUGAAAUGUAGUCACUUCUGGAUUGAAGGAAGUCUGUAUAGACGGCAAUCCAAACAACAUACAGGUAGCUGCCAAAAUAGUGUAUACAGAUUGGUAUGCUUGGGAGAAAGAAGAUGUAUUUACUGAGCACCUUGAGUAAGUUCUAAGUUCUUUAAUAUUUUCUGAAGUUACAAAGCCUGAUUUCCUUUAGAUGGUUUAGUCCUGUGUAAAGGUUAACUUUGUGUUCAGUUUCUAAAAGCUUAUUUUUUUUACAGUGAAACUUUAAGCUGGUAAAUAAGGUGAACUAUUUUUGUGGACAUGUGAUUUAUGAUUUAUAUUUCUAGGCAUUACCUCAAAAGUAUUGCACUUCC